CUCUUCUCUCCUGUGCAAUUCGGAAAAUUAAACAGGAAGAAUCGCACCGUAGAUUAGCAUUUUUUUUUUCGCUGGUCACAGUCGUUUGGAUAAAAAGCAGCAAAGAGGAGGCGGAGAAGGAAGGAAAAGCACUACGCACUCACACAAACGCGCGUGGAAAAGCGGUUGCGCUGUCUCUUUCGGGCUCGUUUCAGUCAAAGCGGUGGCGACUCUCAGCAGCAGUUGCCGUUUCACUCGUGUACGCGGCAGUAAUUUUUUUCGUAUAUUUCACAAGCGCUUCAUUGACCGUCGAUAAAAGUUCAGUUUUUCCUCGCGGAGUAGACUCGCGUGCUGAUAAAAGUUAAUUGUUUAAAUUAGUGAGAAACAGGAACAGUUCGUGCAAAAAUGGCCUCAGGAGUGACCGUGUCAGAUGUUUGCAAAACGACAUACGAGGAAAUCAAAAAAGACAAAAAACACCGCUAUGUCAUAUUCUACAUCCGCGACGAGAAACAGAUCGACGUGGAGGUGAUCGGUGACCGCAACGCCGAAUACGACCAAUUCCUCGAUGACAUCCAGAAGGGUGGACCGGGCGAGUGCCGAUAUGGACUGUUCGAUUUCGAGUACAUGCACCAGUGCCAAGGUACCUCGGAAAGUUCCAAGAAGCAGAAACUGUUCCUGAUGUCCUGGUGUCCAGAUACCGCUAAGGUUAAGAAGAAGAUGUUGUACUCCAGCUCCUUCGAUGCUCUGAAGAAGUCGCUCGUUGGCGUCCAGAAGUACAUUCAGGCUACCGAUCUCUCUGAAGCAUCACGGGAAGCUGUCGAAGAGAAGCUGCGCGCCACUGAUCGUCAAUAAGCUUAUCCAUACUUAAGAUUACGCACACAACAAGAACAACAACAAUAAAAAAGAAAAUACCUACAACAGAUUAGCAGAAAAACAAACUCACACAUACAGAUUACACACCCACACACUGAACUACUCAAACACAACAACAAAAGCAUAGGGAGUGAAUGUCAUUUGAAGAAUCAUGGAAAACUAUAAUAAAGCCAACCACUAAUUGAACAGUAGAACACAACAAUAACGCCAAACUGCAUGGAACACUUUCUAAGUUCCGAGCGGUCGAAAAUGUUCAUGAGCAAAUCCAGAACACCAUUUUGCGCGAUUGCUUCGUUGCUUCCCGCGCGGGAGCAUCUGUAGUCAGUAAACGUCAUUCAGUAGCCGGAAUUCAGAUACAGUCAUCAGUCAGGAUCAGGAGUGUGAAGUUGAGAGAAUAACUGGUAAGCGUUCAGGGAAAGUGCGAGUCAUUGGAACACUAAAAUUGCAUGCGAGCCGUUUUUCUUUUGAUUUGCGAGGACGAGGGAGACGAAAGGAAACGUUUCUUAGCAAGCAUUUAUUUCAGCGUGUGUUUAAUAAUUGUCCUUUCGGGAGCUCCCUUUGCACAUUUUCGCUGCUCCUUUUCCCUUGCGUGUGUGUGCGCGGUCAUCUCCAGGAAAAAAUAAAUAUUGAAAUACAACAGAAAUUCUGAAAAAAAUGAAACGAACAACCGUAUUAAAGUUAUGAUUAAUUUAAAUUAAAAACAAUAAAAUACUAAUAAAGAUAAACCAAA